AUGUGGACUUUAGAUGAGGACUGUGAUAGGUUAAUUAGAGAAGCUUGGACUGAAAAUUUUCAUGGUUGCCAUAUGUUUAUCCUAGACCAGAAACUUAAGAACCUAAAGAAUAAACUGAAAGUUUGGAAUAAAAAUAAGUUUGGUAAUGUUCAAAAUAAAACUAUCUUGGCUGGAGGAAAUCUGAAAGCUGUCCAAAAAGAGGUUGAGGAUUACGGCUAUAAUGACAUACUCCAUGAAAAGGAAAUCAAAGCUCAAAAUGAUUUGGACAUUGCUCUUAACAUGGAAGAGGAACUAUGGAAGGAGAAGUCCAGACUUAAUUGGCAAUUACAUGGGGAUAGGAACACUAAGUACUUUCACACUUAUGCUAAAAUCAAGAGAAAAACCAAACUCAUAACUUCUCUGCUCAUAGAGGGUAAAAUUGAGACUGAUCAAGUUAAGCUAGAUAGGCACAUAGAAAAUCACUUCACCAAUCUGUUUAAAUCUAAUUUCCAGAGACAAGAUAUUGGUUUAAUUAGAAGAGUUAUCUUUAAACUUGUCAAUGACCAAACUAAUACUAUGCUAAUCAGAAUACCCAAUGCUAGUGAGAUUCAUGAUGCUAUCCUUAACCUCAAUAUAGAUUCUGCUCCUGGUCCUGAUGGAUUUGGAGCUAUCUUCUAUGGCUGGAUAUCACCUAACUAUAAUGCUAACAUUGUGGUUUUGAUCCCUAAAACUAAGGAAGCUAACAACAUUGAUCUUUUCAGACCUAUUGCCAUGGAAAACUUUAAAUUCAAAGUAAUCACAAAGAUUUUGGCUGACAUGUUGGCAAGUAUUCUUCCUUCUAUUAUUUCUCCUGAGCAGAAGGAUUUUAUAACAGGUAGAAGUAUUAAAGAUGGCAUUUGUCUCACUUUUGAGGCCAUCAAUUUUGGGCAACAAGAGUUAUAG